AUGACCUUCCGCGGGAGUGGCCAGCGCUGGCCACGGGCACGACGGAGCCGCUGCCUCGCCUCAGCAAUCUCGAGUCGCCCGCUCGGGAGCGAGAGGACCCGACGGUCGCCGGACACGAGGCAAGAUGGCGGCCGGCGCCCGCGUCGGGACCGGCUGCCGAGGGGGCGGCGGGGUGGCGACCGGGGCGGGUUCCGGGGCGGCGAGCCGGGGGGUCUGCGCCUCCUCGGAGCCGACGGCACCGCGGCCCCCCGCGCCCGCCUCCGAGCGGGACCCGCUCCCUCAGCCUCCCCGGCGGCGCGCUCGCUCCCGGCCCGCCCCGCGCGCGCGCGCGCGCCGCCGCCGCGCAUGCGCACGCCCGGCGGCGGCGGCGGCGGCGGCGCCGUGGCGCUCGGGGCGGCUCCGCGGGGCGGCCGGGCGCGGAUCCCCGUUCCCCGGGAGGGCGGGCGGGCGCGCGCGGGGCGGCGACGGCGCCCCCGCGCUGAGGAGCGGGGCGCGCGCGCGCCGAGGGGCUCCGCGGGUCGCCCUCCGCGCGGCUCCCCCGCCGCCCCGGCCGGCCCGAACACGCCCCCCGCGGCCCGCGCGCGCCCUGGGGGGCCGCACCCGGCCGGCGGCGCGCCGCUGCGGCCGGGCCUCGGGCGCCGCCGCGGGCGCGCGCAGGGCCCCCCCCCCGCCGCCCUCCGCGCCGCGGCCUCACGCACCCGCCGUGGUCGCGGCCGCUCCCGCCGCCGCCGGACGAGCGGCGGCGCCUGA